AGAUAGGUUGCGGGAUACGCUUAGGCGACAUUUUGUUUUCAUAAUUAUCCUACUCGAAAAACAAAUAUAUCAGGUAUUUGAAGCGCUUUUUCAGAUCCAGUUUACAUAUUUUAUUUGUUUAAAAUAGUUUAUGCAUUUGAUGGGUAACUUCUAGGUUCUUUCCAACUUAAAAUCAGAUAAAAAACUGUUCAUUGGCUGUUUCAUAACAAAGCACCAUGAUUGGCCGCACAUUGUCAAAUGACCGACGUGAAUUUUCAGUCUUCUUCCAAUCACGAAAUUUCGAAUUAUUUAAUCGGGACACUAAAUGUUUUUAUAGUAAUAUAAAACAAUAACAAUACUCUAAUAAGCUUCUCAUGCCUCUUAUUUUUAAUAAUAAGACUGUAUUUUUCACGAAUGGGUCUCGAUAACUUUCUAGUCGUCUUUCAUUGUGCUGGUAUAUUUUACUCUAUGGAGAUUCAUCUUAUAUAUACUAGUAUUUACCUUAAUUUUUAGCUUGAAACAUGUCGGAUACCAUUCACCUCUUUCCGGAAAGCGAAGGACAAAAAAGCUUGAAAGAAUUUUGGACCCAAUGUUUACAAGAUAUGACAAAUUUGGAUCCUCACGAUGGGAAUAAACAAAAAACUUUCUUCAAAUCUCCUGAGUUGCCUUUGGCAAGAAUCAAGAAGAUAAUGAAAUUAGACGAAGAUGUAAAAAUGAUAAGCGCCGAAGCACCAGUUUUAUUUUCAAAAGCAGCAGAGCUGUUUAUUCACGAACUAACGUUACGAGCUUGGAUACAUACAGAGGAAAAUAAACGAAGAACUCUUCAGAAAAAUGACGUUGCACUCGCCAUAUCCAAGUGCGAUACUUUUGAUUUUCUAAUUGAUAUAGUCCCUCGUGAAGAUGGAAAAACAAAAGUGGAUGAAGGCACACCUAGAUCGGGAAAUGAUAUUCAGUACUACAUAACUCUACCGCAACAACAGCAGAGUCAUCAAGCCACAACACAACCUAUUCAAAUACAAUUGGGCAAUCAGGAAAAUAUGUCCCAAAUAAUUCAAUUACCCCAGACAUCCUGUCAAUCUCAGGUUGUUCAGCAAGUACUUGUACCUUCCACUGGUGGUUCUGACGGGAAUAAUAUGUCAGCCGUUACAUUAACGACGGAGCAGUUGCAAUCUCUUCAGUCACAAAUUAAAACUGUCCAAAGUGGAUCAAAUUCAAAUCAAGUACAACAAUUACAAGUUCAACUAGCGGGCAACCAGACUACUGAUGGAUCGUCUGGUACAAUAUCUCAAAUUAUUCAACUACCAGUCUCUAAUGCUAGCAACGUAUCGGGAACUUCUCAAGUUGUUCAACAGCUGAUGAUUCCAUCGGGUACCGGAACUGACUCAACUGCUAUGUCAGCUAUAAGUAUAACUCCAGAACAAUUGCAAGCUAUACAGCAACAAUUAAACAAGUCUACCGGUUCGCAAAUCCAUGCGGGAGGAAAUCAAAUAUUUCAGUUACAACAAGUUGCCACAGUGGGUGGACAACCAACUGUAUAUGUAGAGACUUCAGAAGAGAUGUCAGGAGAAUGA